UUUGCUAAGAAUAAUAGUAUUUGCUAUAGGAUCAGGCGAUGAGAUUGUAGAAACAAACAGCUCAUGACGAGACACAUUUCAUUUGUUCUUGUCACUGUUUGGUGAAUUGUCACUGUGAUUUGUACAUUCCGUAUUUAUUUAUUUUAAUAUCUGUUAGUUAAAUUGGGCAUUAAUGUCUUCUGACGAUUGUUUUAGUGAAAAAUCGUAUUUAAGUAUGGGCUGCGCGCGCAUCCUGCACGUCCUCCGGCGGUGCAAGCGUCUCGAAGAUGGUGACAACUCGACGCAACUCGCCCGGUGUUUAGGCCUCCUAGACCUAACUGCCCUAGGUGUAGGCAGUACAUUAGGUCUUGGUGUUUACGUGCUAGCUGGGGCAGUGGCGAAGACGGUCGCUGGGCCCGCUGUGACGUUAAGCUUUUUGGUCGCUGCUAUAGCUUCAGCUUUUGCCGGUCUCUGCUACGCUGAGUUCGCGUCCCGAGUCCCCAAAGCGGGCUCUGCAUACGUGUACAGCUACGUCAGCGUCGGCGAGUUCGUUGGCUUCACUAUAGGAUGGAACCUCAUCUUGGAGUACGUGAUAGGAACAGCUAGUGUGGCUAAGGGCAUGGCGAACUACAUAGACAGCCUGACGAACAACAGCAUGGCGCGAGCGAUGACUGAGUGGGCGCCCAUGCGCAUCGGGUUCAUGGGGGAGUAUCCGGACUUCUUCGCGUUUACGCUGGUUCUUCUGAUCACUUUGCUGCUGGCAGUGGGAGUGAAAGAGUCCACAAAAUUAAACAACGUGUUCACGGCACUCAACAUGUUGACUGUUGUCAUUGUGAUCAUCGCUGGAGCUGUCAAAAGUGACCCAGCCAACUGGCGAAUCAAAUUGGAAGACAUCCCCGAAGAAUACCGCGACAAGGCCGGCGCAGGCGGCUUCAUGCCCUGGGGCAUAGCCGGCGUCAUGGCAGGCGCUGCUAAGUGCUUCUUCGGCUUCGUCGGCUUCGACUGCGUGGCUACGACUGGAGAAGAAGCGAAGAAUCCGAAGAGGGAUAUUCCACUGUCGAUUGUCAUGUCGCUGGUGGUGAUCUUCGUGUCAUACUUCAGUAUCGCGACGGUGUUGACUAUGAUGUGGCCGUAUUAUCUGCAGGAUGCCGACGCUCCCUUCCCGCACGUGUUCACCGAGGCCGGGCUCCCCGUCAUCAAAUGGAUCGUGACCAUCGGCGCCAUCUUCGCUCUGUGCACCAGCCUGCUCGGCGCCAUGUUUCCUCUACCAAGAGUCCUGUAUGCCAUGGGCAGCGAUGGGGUGCUGUUCAGGCCUUUGGCGACCAUCCAUGGGUGGACCAAAACACCUUUGUUGGCGACGUUCCUUAGCGGAUUACUAUCAGCGAUAAUGGCGGCGUUGUUCAACCUGAACCAGCUAAUCGACAUGAUGUCUAUCGGCACCCUGCUGGCUUACACCAUCGUUGCUACCAGUGUCCUCAUUCUAAGAUAUGAACAGGAGCCAGACCUCUCCAUCACCAGCAUGAAACCGGUGCCAGAGACGCCGUACUCCGUGGCCAAGCAGAGCUUUAACCUUCUCGGCCUGAAGAGGCCUACAAACUUGUCGGCCUCUAUCGCCAAGUCUUCCAUUAUUAUAUUAUUCGUCCUAGCUCUGAUAACCUGCAGUCUCCUAACUUACGAGCACGGCGGCGCGCUGGACGCGGCGCUCGGAGCUUUAGGGGCUGCCCUUCUAGUGCUGCUAAUAAUUCUGUACCGACAGCCGAGGCAGGGUACAGCGCAUCUUAGCUUCAAAGUGCCCCUCGUGCCGCUGGUUCCGUACCUGAGCGUGUGUAUGAACGUGUAUCUGAUGGUGCAGUUGGACUACCAGACCUGGGUGCGGUUCAUCGUGUGGCUGGUUAUAGGAUACGCAAUAUAUUUCUUCUACGGCGUGAGAAACAGUUCUCUGAACGAAACUAGUGUGCCCACGAGCAACGGAAAAUCCGAGGACAAACAGGUGACCACCAAGUUCUGAUCGAGGGACUAGUUAGGACCUUAUACUUAUGGGACAUUUACACAUGGACUUUUUAGGAUAAGAUUGUAGAAAGAUAGUUUUCUGUCCUGUUUCUACAAGUUUGGAAAGAAAUGCAUACUGUAGGUAUGUAGGUAAUGUAAUGUAAUGAUUGUGUUAAAGUAUGAUUAAAAAUAAGUUGCACGAUAAUGUAACGUAACGGCACCAGUAAUGGACAAUCUACAAUUAUGAAUAUUAAUAGUUUUUUAAUGAAAAACAUUUUCUUCUUAAACAAUUAAUUGAUAACCGAUUGAAUUCUUUGAUAAUCAUUGAACGUAUACUUCGUUUUUGUUUAGAAUUAGAAAUAACUUUACAAAAGUAAGCACGAUGUACCAAAUCAGGCACUUAAUGCAGUAGUUUUUUAAGUGAAUAAUAAAUCGUGUUAGUUGAGAUUAUUCCAUUCUCAUAUCGUUUCAAGUGCCUCAUUAGCCUCAUAGCCCCCUAAUGCCCAGCCAUACAAAUGAAAAAUGCAAAAUUUGCCACAGAAAUUUGAACCUACAGUGUAGGAAAUAGAGUUGAUUUUGGGUUGUUCAAAAACUGGACGAAACAAAGUAAAAGCAACUCUUUUCCAAUCGAAUAUGAUUUAAAUUUCAUUGAACUGAAUAAGUAGGUACCUAUAUAGGUAGGUAUAGGUAGGACCUUGGGCCUUAGGAGGAUAGAACUCCUCAUGAUUAGGUACUUCGGAGCAUCUUACUUUCUAAGAAUUUCUAAAUGUCCAACAUUGGUGCUGAUGCCGUUACCAUAUUAUGUGCAUGAUAUAUUAUAUUAGCAGUGCUUGACAAGGGACGAUUAAGUAUUUUUAGGGAAUCUAGAAUAGACGCUAUUUUACUCUU